AUGGAAGUUGAAAUUUCCAGACCAACGCCUACGCAACGUCGCUCAUCUCAUUCCAACUCCGAUGCCAAACUCCGACUUGCAGAAGCUCAAAAGCAAUAUGGACGAGGAAAGAAAAUUAAUGUCAAGAGUAUACGAGAUAAGAAACUUCGAGGCCAGCUGAGGACCCUUGAGAACAAGUAUAAAUAUGCCGCCUUGAAAGCGAAGGAUGCGGAGAUAUUAUUAGAGCACGAAAGCGGUUUCCUAGAGCCGGAAGGAGAGCUUGAGAGGACAUAUAAAGUUAGACAAGAUGAGAUCAAGGAUAGUGUGGGACUAGAGACAGCAAAAAAAGGAUUUGAACUGAAAUUAGAAGAUCUUGGGCCGUAUCGUGCGGACUAUACUAGGAAUGGCAAGAUGCUUUUGCUUGCAGGCCGCAAGGGCCAUGUUGCGACAAUGGACUGGCGAGAUGGGAAGCUAGGUUGUGAACUACAACUAAAAGAGACAGUGAGAGAUGCAAAAUGGAUGCAUAAUGAGAUGUUCUUUGCUGUGGCGCAGAAGAGAUAUGUCUAUAUCUAUGACCACAAUGGCGUGGAAAUACACUGCCUGGAUAAGCAUGUUGAGGCAACAAAUUUGGAGUUUUUGCCAUACCAUUUUCUCCUGGCCAGUGUUGCGACUUCCGGCUACCUCAAAUAUACCGAUACUUCGACAGGACAGCUCGUUGCCGAGCUUCCCACCCGACUAGGGUCACCUACAUCCCUUUGUCAGAACCCCCAUAAUGCAAUUCUCCAUGUUGGCCACCAAAAUGGCACUGUAACUCUCUGGUCACCGAACAGCUCAACAGCCCUUGUCAAAGCGCUCGUCCACCGAGGUCCCGUACGAUCGCUCGCGGUUGACCGCCAGGGUCGGUAUAUGGUUUCUACUGGUCAAGAUAUGAGGAUGGCAAUUUGGGAUAUACGUAUGUUCAAAGAAGUACACAACUACUCGGUGUUUCAACCUGGUUCAACAGUUUCCAUUAGUGACCGAGGCUUAACGGCUGUCGGCUGGGGAACAAAGGUCAGCAUCUGGAAGGGGUUAUUCGAAGCCGCUGCAGCAACGGAAGAAAAGGUUCAGAGUCCCUAUAUGUCCUGGGGUGGCGAUGGACAGCGUAUCGAAAACGUACGUUGGUGUCCGUAUGAAGAUAUCUUGGGUGUUGCCCACAAUAAAGGUUUCGCCAGCCUGAUUGUUCCUGGGGCUGGUGAGGCCAACUUCGAUGCCUCAGAAGCAAAUCCGUACGAGAACGCGAAACAAAGACAAGAAGCAGAAGUGAAAGCGCUUCUUACGAAACUACAACCAGAAAUGAUCUCUCUUAACCCUGACUUCGUAGGAAGCCUAGAUCUGGUUAGUGAUAGGAUGAAGCGAGAAGAAAAGGAUCUUGACAAUAAGAAUGAAGACCCCAUCGAAAAAUUGAAAAACCGCGGCCGUGGGCGAAAUAGUGCCUUACGAAGGUACCUUCGAAAGCGGGGAUCAAAGAAUGUUAUUGAUGAGAAGAGACUCAAAGCUGAAACUUUACGAAAAGAGCAAAACUCAAGAGUACAAGAGAUAAUGCAGCGAGAGAAGGAAGAAUUAGGCCCUGUCCUAGCGAGAUUCGUGAAGAAAUAG